CGAGGCGGCACAAAACAUUUUUUCUGACGCGUUACAAUUUUUUUCACCCAUUGGCGUCUAUGGGCUUAAUUUUUGCAGUGAAACUUGCCAAAAAGUUUCAGUCAUCACUAGUGUUUACUGUUCCUUUACAUUGUUUACUCCCUGCCUGCACCAUAUGCCAAGUAUUUUAUUACCGAUUAUCAUUGUGGAGUGAAUUUAUGGUGCAGUAGGCUCAUAUACUUGAUACUAAUUUAAGGCCCAGGUAGUUUUAAGUCAGCAUUGGUUGCAGAGAUAAAUCCUAUACUGCAGUACUACUUUACUGCCAGCCUCAACAAAUUCUACGCUAUGCAGCUAUACAAGUUUAGUCUGCAACUAAAAUCCCUUAAAUUUUUAUUAUUUUAUCAUGUUGCAUUUCAGAUAUCCAAUGACCCCAGUCCUGGUUAUAAUAUUGAACAGAUGGCAAAGAAAGGGAAGAAGUUUGUGGAAUUGCCAUACACAGUUAAAGGUAUGGUUGUAUUAUUCUCUGGAAUUCUGUCGUACGUUGAGGAGACCCUCUUCUCUAUGCUGGUGGAAAUUACAGAGCGGGCAAUGGCACAUUGUGGAUCACAGGAAGUGCUGAUAGUGGGAGGUGUUGGAUGUAAGUUAUAUAAUUCUGUGACCUGAUGAAUUCAAACCAAAAUAUAAGUUUGAACAGUACUAAUAUGUUUGUGAAGAUUCUCCUUCAUCCAGGUCGUGGUAUAUCUAUAGAAAUA